GAAACAAUAACCUCUCAUUUAUACAUAUUUUUGCAUGGCCUAACCAUUUUAUAACUCAAAAAAAAAGAGUACAAAAAUACCCAAUAUGGUAGUGGAAAUGGAGGUGAAUAAUGGAGAAAAUACUACUAAUAAUUGGGUACCAAUUAUGAAGAAAUUACACAUGAAUGUUAUUGGUGAAAAAAUGAAAAAAUUUCCAAAAUUAACAUGUAGAACAAUUUGGAGAGUUGGUAAAGAAGAUCCAAGAAGGGUAAUUCACUCACUAAAAGUUGGAAUUUCAUUAACAUUGGUUUCAUUGUUGUAUUUGAUGGAUCCAUUGUUCAAAGGAUUUGGAAGUAAUGCUAUUUGGGCUGUCAUGACUGUGGUUGUUGUUCUCGAAUUCACCGCAGGGGCAACAUUGUGCAAAGGGCUAAAUAGAGGAUUGGGAACACUAUUAGCAGGAUCAUUGGCAUUUUUGAUUGAAUAUGUUGCCACAAAAACUGGCCACGUAUUUAGAGCUAUAUUUAUUGGAGCUGCACUUUUUUUUAUUGGUGCUACAGCGACAUACAUGAGAUUUAUUCCUUACAUAAAGAAAAACUAUGAUUAUGGCGUGGUGAUAUUCCUCUUGACUUUUAAUUUGAUUACUGUAUCAAGCUAUCGUGUUGAUAACGUAUUAAAAAUCGCGCACGAACGUUUUUAUACCAUAGCUAUUGGUUGUGGUAUUUGUCUCCUCAUGAGCCUAUUGAUAUUUCCAAAUUGGUCAGGUGAAGACCUUCAUAAUUUCACUGCUGCUAAAUUUGGAGGCUUAGCAAAAUCCAUUGAAGCUUGUGUUAAUGAGUAUUUCAGUGAUGAGGAACAACAAAAAACCAAAGAAAAUUCUUCAGAUUUGGAGGAUCCUAUUUACAAUGGUUACAAAACUGUAUUGGAUUCAAAAUCAUUUGAUGAGACCUUGGCAUUAUAUGCAAGUUGGGAGCCAAGACAUUCAAGACAUUGUUAUAGGUUUCCAUGGCAACAAUAUGUUAAAUUGGGAAAUGUUCUACGCCAUUUUGGAUAUACAAUUGUUGCUCUUCAUGGUUGUCUUCAAACUGAAAUUCAGACUCCUCGAUCGGUUCGAGCAAUGUUCAAAGAUCCAUGCAUAAGACUCUCAGGAGAAGUAGCAAAAGCUCUAAAGGAAUUAGGAGAUAGCAUAAGAUAUCGUAGACAUUGUUCACCAGAAAUUCUAUCUGAUCAUCUUCAUGAAGCUUUACAUGACCUCAACAAAGCAAUAAAAUCCCAACCAAAACUCUUCAUUGGUUCAAAAAACAACACAAACAAGCUAACCCUAGCGACUGUCAUUUCUAAAGGACAGUCUGGUGCACUAAACUCUCGUAGGGUUUCCUUAUCAAGCGUGAAGACGGACACGUCCGCGUUGCUUGAUUGGAAAUCCAAAUUAAGAGGUGGUAGUAGUACUACUCAUGAAAAUUUAAAAUUGAGGCCAACAUUGAGUAAGAUUGCUAUAACAAGUCUUGAAUUUUCAGAGGCAUUGCCAUUUGCUGCUUUUGCUUCUUUGUUAGUGGAAAUUGUGGCAAGACUUGAUCUUGUUAUUGAAGAAGUUGAAGAAUUGGGAAGAAUUGCACAUUUCAAAGAGUAUAAUGAUGAUGAUGAACAUCAUGUUGUUGUGGAAAUUGAUAAAAAAAAUUCAAAGCCUUUACCAAAUCAAUUGCCAACUCAGGAUUCAGGAGAUUAAUUAAUUAA